UGGCAGUGCGGAUACCCCGUGGCGUACAUGAAGGGGACUAUACAUGAAGUGUGGGUAGUUUGGUUGGUAUCGUCAGUGAUCCUCGGGUUGUGUGGUGUCGCCGCCAUCCUAAGUGUGGCAGUCUUUCGAACGAGGGACGCGAACACCAAUUUGGCUACAACAUGCCAUAUGGAGAGAGUGUUUAUCCUGCGUACCAAGAUGCACCUUUCCCCCAAACUGAUGGCCCCGGAGAGCGGAACUAUUCCAAACAAUCCUCCACUGAAGCUUCUGUAGCGCAAGAAAAGUCUACCCCAGCAGUGAGAUUUUCGAGCUACGAGGAUCACAGAAAUGUUUGGACUAAGGGCUCUCGAGGGAGCUGCUUCGCGAGAUUCCUUUGCUGCACCCUAUUGACGGCUCUGGUGCUUUUUGUGUCCACGGUCGCUGCAUUGGGACUGUGGAUCCGACCCCCUAAUGUCACGUUCAACGGGCUCGUUUUCCCUUCUACAGGCAAUAAAGUUGAUGUACAGAAUGGCGGCUUCAGGAUCAAUCUACAGUUAAAUAUCAGUGUGGACAAUCCCAAUUUUUUUUCUGCUACCUUCCAGAACAUAAGUGCCGUAGCGACAUAUCCUGUCGGGAACAUAUCUUCCAUUGGUGGUGGCUCACUAUCAAAUGUCAAGUUCGCUUCGCAUGCUAUUACACCCAUCCUUUUCCCGUUUAUCAUCACCUAUGAAACAAGUCUCGACCCCACCUUAGUUGUUGCAAAGGACAUUGCAAGCAAAUGUGGAUUUGACGGCUCCACACCUCAAAAUAUUGUUGUGGAUUAUGUUCUUACGUUGAGGAUCAGAGUCCUGGCAAAAAUCAGUCCAGUGUUCCGAGGAAGUGCGAACUUUCCAUGUCCAUUGAGUAAAGAGGACUUAGUGGUGGGUGGCAUGACAAUUACUGCUAUUAACAAUCUGACAGGGUCAUUCAGGGCAUCAUUGGAGGCUCCCAAUAGUUUUGUUUGAUUGCUUCUCUCUUGAGUGUGUGCUUGUGUCCCUAUUCAUGGAUUGUAUAUAUGGUUUUUAUCCCUAA